AAUCGCUAUAAUUUCCACCGCUCUUGCGCAGCCACUUACCGAGAUCUAAUACAUAUUCCACUACAUCUCCUCUUCUUUCCUUUCCUUUCCUUCCCUCUUCUUACAACUAACUACUUCACUCUUACCUCUCACCAACAGAACUUGAACAAACUGAGAGCUCUUCAAUUGGAAGGGAAUAUUAUAUUUCUCGGCGUUGAUCUUAUCAAACUUCGGCGUUCAUAAAUUAUCGAACUCUCUCUUUUUCAUCGUAGUUAACUCUACAGCCAAAACAUCUUACUUUUGGAAAUUACCGCCCAAGACAACAUGUCCGGCCCUCAAUCACCAACAUCUAUCCCCUCCUCGCCCUUGCGGCCCCUCAUGGAGCGACGUGGGUCAUCCAGAUCUUUAUCUCUAGAUUUCUCCAGCCUACCGCCGUUAACGCAGCCCACGCCACCCACCAACACUCUACUCAUCACUAACUUAAACGACCCCGAAAUCUUCCGCCCUGAUAACCUACAAACCCUCCGUGAUCUCAUUCAAGGAACCGCGCCGAUAUAUACCUGGUCACCGUUAAAGUCAUUCCGCCGCAUAGUUGUGUCUUUCUACGAUGAGCAGGCUGCCAUCAGGGUACGAUCAGUAUGGGACGGCGAAGCAAUCAUGGGCGAGCGGUGUCGAGUCUACUUCGGACAACCUACUCCUCUCGACCUCCAAAAGGAUGACCGGUUACAGCUCCCAGACGCCGGAAAGCUAUUUUUCAUCAGCCCGCCCCCUUCACCGCCUCACGGCUGGGAGAUGAAGUUGGAGGACGCGCCGAACAAGCAAGUUCACGCCGAAGACCUGGCAGAAGCCUUAGCAAAACUGCGCCACCAAGCAUCACCCGCGGAUGCUUCUCCAGUCUCUCCGGUCGAGUCCGGUCCCGCCUCGUUCAAGACUAGGAGUAGGAGUAGCACCUUAAUCUACCACCCGGAGGAGCACGGUGGCAGUCCUAAUCUACCAGCUAUUUCUGUGGAUGACAUGACAGAUGAGCCUUCAGAGCUAGGACUCGCUCUCGGUCGAAAUACGCCUCCGAUAAAGACGCACACAGCCCGGCCACCUGUUGAGCUUAUGGAAUAGAGUGUAUAUUUAUUACAUACGGCCUAUAAUCGGACAGGGAUUGAAAACGAGUAUAUUUAUUCAUUUCUCUUGCAGUUUUGGUAGUAUGGCGUUCCGGAUGGGUUAAUGGUCUUGAGUCUAGAGCCUGGGUCGAUAUCCACAUUUACCGCAGCAUAGCAUCGCCUGUGAAAAGACAUAGCAUUUAUACGCCAAGAAAUGGGCGCGUUCAAGGGGUUGAUUAUACGGGCUGUCUAUAGAGGGUAGAGCUUAAAGGCGAGGAAUUCAGUGGCAUGGGAAGCAUUCAUAUUGUACGAUAUCCGUUCUAGUUUAUACACCAGCCCAAUACCAAUAUGAAGUGUACAAACGUGUUUACAAACAU